UGGGACUAGGGCUGGAGAGAUCGCCGGGGAGCAUCACCGCCACUCCUGCACGGAGCCUCACCACACCGCCGGGAUUGCAACCAAUUCCUCAGAAACAUACCUGCUCUUUAUGGCAUGUGGCUGGUAACAUUACUCCUGCUGUAUUCUUUUAAAGAAGUGAACAGCGAGGAUGUGGUCUCGACGCGGCUGUACUUUGUGAACGCCUCCCUGCAGAGAGUGACCUUCUCCAGCUCAGUGGGGGUGUCCCUGCCCUGCCCCGCGGGUGGCGCCCCCCAUGCAGUCCUCCGCUGGUACCUGGCCACCGGCGACGACAUCUACGAUGUACCACACAUCCGCCAUGUGCACGCCAACGGCACACUGCAGCUCUACCCUUUCUCCCCCUCUGCCUUCAACAGCUUCAUCCAUGAUAACGACUACUUCUGCACAGCAGAGAACCAGGCCGGCAAGAUCCGCAGCCCAAGUAUCCGCGUCAAAGCGGUGUUCAGGGAGCCCUACACGGUGCGUGUGGCUGACCAGAGGUCCAUGCGGGGCAAUGUUGCCGUCUUCAAGUGCCUCAUUCCCUCUGCUGUGCAGGAGUAUGUCAGUGUCGUCUCCUGGGAAAAAGACACUGUCUCCAUCGUCCCAGGUAACAGGUUUUUCCUGACGUCGUAUGGGGCCCUCUACAUAUCCGAUGUGCAGAAAGAGGACGCACUUUCUACCUACCGCUGCAUCACUAAGCACAAAUACAGUGGAGAGACCAGACAGAGUAAUGGAGCUCGUCUGUCUGUGCUAGACCCCACAGAGUCCCCACCCUCAGUUAUGGACAGCUUUCAGUCAGGUGAGGUGCAAGUGGGACGCAGCAUUGAGCUCCCUUGCAUCGCCUCGGGCUACCCCAACCCCACCAUUCGUUGGCUUAAGGAUGGGAGGCCACUGCCAGCCGAUUCUCGCUGGACUCGACGUCUCACAGGCCUUACCAUCAGUGACCUGCGCCUGGAGGACUCAGGCAACUACAUCUGUGAGGUCACCAACAGCUUUGGCUCUAAAGAGGUCACAGGCCACCUAAAUGUGAUUGAACCUCUGAGGGUCACCCUGUCCCCUAAAAACUUGAAGACAGGUAUCAGCAGCACGGUGAUCCUGUCCUGUGCUGUGCAGGGCUCUCCUCACUUUACCGUGUCUUGGUUCCGCAACACAGAGCCUGUGCUUCCUGACCAGCACUUCUCCAUCCAGGGUGCCCACAACGAGACACUGUUCAUCACUGCAGCCCAGAAGAGGCACUCGGGUGCCUACCAGUGCUUUGCUACACGCAAGGGCCAAACAGCCCAAGAUUUCUCCAUUAUACUGCUGGAAGAUGGCACUCCACGGAUUGUGUUCUCAUUCAGUGAACGUGUGGUGGCCCCAGGCGAGCCCUUCUCACUAAUGUGUACAGCCAAAGGUGCCCCUCCCCCUACCAUCUCCUGGACACUGGAUGACGAGCCAAUCGCUCGGGACUCGGCGCACCGGGCCAGUCAGUACACGCUCUCGGACGGCUCCACCGUCUCGCACGUUAAUGUCAGCAACCCACAGAUCCGCGACGGGGGCGUGUACCGCUGCGCUGCACGCAACUCGGCCGGUAGCGCCGAGUACCAAGCGCGCAUAAACGUAAGAGGCCCCCCAAGUAUCCGGGCAAUGCGUAACAUUACAGCUGUGGCAGGCCGCAACACCUUCAUCAACUGCCGUGUGAUUGGCUACCCUUACUACUCCAUCAAGUGGUACAAGGAUGGCAUGCUGUUGCCAGACAACCAUCGGCAGGUGGUGUACGAGAAUGGCACCCUCAAGCUGAGUGACGUACAGAAGGGAAUGGAUGAGGGGGCAUACCUGUGUAGUGUACUUAUCCAACCACAACUGUCCAUCAGCCAGACCGUCUAUGUCACUGUGAAAGUCCCUCCUCUCAUCCAGCCCUUUGACUUUCCCCCUACUUCCAUUGGUAAAUUGAUGUACAUUGCAUGUGUGGUGUCAUCCGGAGACAUGCCCAUUCGGAUAACCUGGCGAAAAGAUGGCCAGGAAAUUGUGUCAGGCACUUCUGGCGUCACCAUUGAGACUAAGGAGUUCAUGAGCUCACUGCAGAUCUCCAAAGUGUCCCUCAAGCACAAUGGCAACUAUACCUGCAUUGCCAGCAACGAUGCGGCCACCGUCAGCUCUGAGAGACAGCUGAUAGUCACUGUUCCCCCUCGCUUUCGGGUUCAGCCUAACAACCAGGAUGGAAUCUAUGGCAAGUCUGGAGUUCUAAACUGCUCUGUGGAUGGCUAUCCUCCCCCCAAAGUUAUGUGGAAACAUGCCAAAGGUAUCGGAAACCCACAGCAGUACCACCCAGUUCCUCUGACUGGCCGCAUCCAGAUUAUGCCCAAUGGGUCUCUUCUAAUCAGGCAUGUUUUGGAGGAGGACCGUGGCUACUAUUUGUGCCAGGCCAGCAAUGGAGUGGGCUCUGAUAUCAGCAAGAGCAUGUUGCUCACUGUCAAAAUCCCAGCCAUGAUCACAUCUCAUCCCAACACCACUAUGGCCAUAAAGGGUCAGAAUAAGGAACUAAACUGCACUGCCAGGGGCGAGUACCCUAUUAUCAUCCGUUGGGAACGGGGUGACACGGUCAUUGACCCCGACCGCAACCCUCGCUACUCCAUCACUACCAGCCCCAAUGAGAAGAGCGAUGAGGUGAUCUCCACACUGAAGUUGAAGCCAGCUGAGCGUGGGGACUCUGUUUUCUUCUCUUGUCAUGCUAUCAACUCCUACGGCGAAGGCCGCGGCCUCAUUCAACUGACUGUACAAGAGCCACCCGAUCCUCCAGAGUUGGAGGUUCGUGAGGUGAAGGAUCGCAGCAUGAACUUAAGAUGGACCCAGAGAUUUGAUGGCAACAGCAUCAUCACCAGUUACGACAUUGAAUACAAAAACAAAUCUGACCCAUGGGAACUGAAGCAUGCUACCCGCAAAAUCUCCCCCACCAAUAACCAAGCCAACAUAGUAGAGCUACAUCCUGCUUCUGUCUACAGCAUCCGCAUGUACUCAUACAACAAAAUUGGCCGUAGUCAGGCCAGCAAAGAACUGACCAUCAGCACAGAGGAAGCUCCUCCUGAUGGGCCACCCAUGGAUGUUAUUCUGCAACCUAUGACGUCACAGAGCAUCCGUGUCACUUGGAAGGCCCCUAAGAAGGAACUUCAGAAUGGAGUGAUCCGUGGCUAUCAAAUUGGCUACAGGGAGAAUGGGCCUGGCAGUAAUGGCCAGUACAGCAUAGUGGAAAUGAAAGCAACAGGAGACAGUGAGGUAUACACACUGGAUAACCUGAAGAAAUUUGCCCAGUAUGGAGUGGUGGUGCAAGCUUUCAACCGAGCCGGAACAGGACCUUCCAGCUCAGAGAUUAAUGCUACCACUCUGGAAGAUGUGCCCAGCCAACCUCCUCAGAAUGUGCGGGCCAUUACAGUGACAUCAGAUGAGGCAGUCAUCACGUGGGCUGAACCUCCACGAAUGACCCUGAAUGGGGUCCUGAAGGGUUACCGCGUGGUCUUCUGGUCCGUCUUCCCCGAUGGAGGUGGGUGCUGUGGGAGCCAGGCGCUGGGGCUGAACCAGAAAUGGGGUGAGAUGCAGAACAUCACUACUACUCGUGAACAGGUGGAGCUGAAGGGCUUGGAGAAAUUCACAAACUACAGUGUCCAGGUGCUGGCUUACACACAAGCAGGGGAUGGAGUUCGCAGCAACGUUCUCUAUAUACAGACCCGAGAGGACCACCCUGGGCCUCCAGCAGGCAUCAAAGCUGUCCCCUCUUCUGCUACGAGUGUUGUGGUAUCCUGGCUCCCUCCUAACAAACCUAAUGGCAUCAUACGUAAAUACACCAUUUAUUGCUCCAGCCCUGGUUCAGGCCAACCGGCUCCCAGUGAAUAUGAGGCAAACCCAGAAGUGUUGUUCUACCGCAUCACCCACCUGACCAGAGGUCAGCAAUACCUGAUCUGGGCAGCGGCUGUCACCACUGCUGGCCGGGGCAACAUCAGCGAGAAAGUCACUGUGGAGCCAGCUGGAAAAGCUCCUGCAAAGAUACUGUCUUUCGGAGGUACCGUUACGACUCCAUGGAUGAAGGAGGUGCGGCUUCCAUGCAGUUCAGUUGGCGAGCCAACUCCCACCAUCAAAUGGACCAAAGACAGUGAGGAUUCAGCUAUACCAGUCACUCAGGAUGGCCACCGGAACAUUCUGGCAAAUGGGACAUUGGUGCUGCGCUCAGUGAAAGCUGAGGAUUCUGGAUACUACACCUGUACAGCCACCAACACUCUGGGGUUCGAUACUAUUAUCGUUAACCUGGUAGUGCAAGUUCCCCCAGACCAACCACGUUUGACAGUCUCCACCACCUCAACCUCCUCUAUUACUCUGGCCUGGAUUCCAGGAGACAAUGGAGGAAGCUCCAUCAGAGGCUUUGUAUUGCAGUAUUCCGUGGAUAACACUGAGGAAUGGAGAGAUGUUUUCAUUAGCUCCAGUGAGCGCUCCUUUAAGCUAGAUAACCUCCGCUGUGGCACCUGGUACAAAGUCAAGCUAGCAGCCAAGAACAGUGUGGGAGCUGGCAGAAUAAGUGAGAUCAUUGAGGCUAAGACUCAUGGCAGAGAGCCUCAAUUCAACAAGGACCAGCCUCUGUUCACCCACAUCAAUUCCACACAUGCCCGGCUUAACCUGCAGGGCUGGACGAGUGGGGGCUGUCCUAUCAAUGCCGUGCUAUUGGACUUCCGACCCAAAGGCACCUGGGCAUGGCAAAGUGUACGCACCAAUGCUACAGCUGACGUAUUCUUGGCUGAGCUACGUGAGGCCACCUGGUAUGAGCUGAAGAUGAAGGCAUGCAACAGUGCAGGUUGUGGCAACCAGACAUCCCAGUUUGCCACGUUGGACUAUGAUGGCAGCACAAUUCCCCCAAUCAAGUCUGCACGGGGAGAGGGUGAUGAUGUGAAGAAGCUGUUCUCCAUAGGCUGUCCUGUCAUUCUGGUUACACUGGGCAUGGCCCUCCUCUUCAUUAUUCGAAAGAAACGCAAAGAGAAGAGACUAAAGAGACUUAGAGAUGCAAAGAGUCUGGCUGAGAUGCUAAUCAGCAGUAAGAACAAUCGCAGUUUCGACACCCCAGUAAAGGGCCCACCUCAAGGGCCACGGCUGCACAUAGAUAUUCCACGCGUACAGCUUCUCAUUGAGGACAAGGAGGGGAUCAAACAAAUUGGUGAAGACAAAGCCACAAUUCCUGUGACGGACACUGAGUUCAGCCAGUCAGUUAACCCUCAGAGCUUCUGCACAGGCGUGUCCGUGCAUCACCCUGCCCUCAUUCAGAACACUGGUCCCUUGAUUGAUAUGUCCGACAUUAGACCAGGAACCAACCCAGUGUCAAGGAAAAGUGUGAAGUCAGCUCAUAGCACAAGAAACCGCUACUCAAGCCAGUGGACGCUGACAAAGUGCCAGGCAUCAACGCCUGCCCGCACUCUGACCUCUGACUGGCGCACCGUAGGCUCCCAGCAUGGCAUCACAGUCACAGAAAGUGACAGUUACAGUGCCAGCCUGUCCCAAGACACAGAUAAGGGCCGCAACAGCAUGGUAUCCACAGAGAGUGCUUCCUCCACAUACGAGGAACUGGCCCGUGCCUAUGAGCACGCGAAGCUGGAGGAGCAUCUGCAGCACGCGAAGUUUGAGAUUACUGAGUGCUUCAUUUCAGACAGUUCUUCCGAUCAGAUGACCACAGGCACCAAUGACAAUGCUGACAGCAUGACAUCUAUGAGUACGCCAUCUGAGCCAGGCAUAUGCCGCUUCACUGCAUCACCACCGAAACCACAGGAUUACGAUCGUGGGAAGAACGUAGCGGUGCCCAUCCCACACCGUGCCAACAAGAGUGAGUACUGUAACCUCCCCCUGUAUAUGAAGACGGACCCUUUCUUCCGUAAGCAGGCUGAGCUCCACGACCCAUGUCCUGUGGUGCCACCACGAGAGGCCUCCAUUCGAGGCUUAGCGGCACGGGCCUACCACACACAGGGCCGGCACAUGACAUUAGACCCGUCCAAACAGCCAUCCCUGACGCUGGGCCAUGGUGGUUUGAGUAGCCUGACCAGCUCGGGUGCUUCAGGGGCUUCAGGCCCAGCCUCAAGCACCACCACAGGUGGCUCCAGCAUCAGCUCGGGCACUGCCACGUUGCCCCAAAGGACUCUUACCAUGCCCAGUUCCUCGUCCACCUCCUCAGCUGGCCAAAGCACUGGUGCAGCAGCUGCUGCAGCAAGUGCUGUUGCCAGCACUGGCUCCACAGGGGGAAGUGGCAUGGCUGGAAGCUCCAAGGUUGGGGGCUCCAGAGACUCUCUGCUGGAGAGCAGCUCAUCUGGCUUGGGCAGACUGCAGAAGCAGAGUGCUGGGGCAUAUUCAAAGUCCUACACACUGGUGUAGCCCCUUUGCUUUCUCCCCUCCACACAUAAAUUACACAUAUAACCACACAUGUUGAUUGGCAUCUGGAGCCUGCCUGGCAUAGGGUAGGGGCUAAACUCUGUACUGUCUGGGCUUGUCCACCACAGGGGUCUCUUUCUCUUUUUUCUGUCUCUCUCUGUCUCUCUCUCUUUUGCCUGUCUCUAUCUAUUUCUCCAUACCCUUCCUUUUUCAUUUUUUUAUCCAUGUUUUAUGUUCUUUUUUACAAUCCUCUCUUUUUCAUUAACCAUUUCUUUUUUAGGCCUUUUAAUUUUGAGUUUUAACAUGCCAAACCUUUUGUUAUGCAUCCACCAGAGGGGUCUCUUUCUAUUUCUCUCUCUCUCUCUCUCUCUCUCUCUCUCUCUCUCUCUCUCUCACUCACUCUCUCUCCCUCUCUCUCUCUCACUCCUUUUUCUUUCUCUUUUAAAGACACCUCGGACCUUAUGCACGAACUACUUUCCAUGUGCACUUGUUAAUUUCACUUUUUGACAUAAGAAAGCUCAAAGGUUGUAUAAUCAAAAAUAUAUUGUUUCACAUUAACCUGUCUAGAUGUUUUUUAGGCUGUUGAGUGUUUCUUUUUACGCCUGUUGCAAAAGCAAAACCAUACGCAUUGCCUCGGAAAGUGCUUAUGCAUAAACGAAUUAACCCUGGUGUCUACCUUUUUGCCCCUCCCUGGCCAAACUGGUUUGGACUCAGAUAAACAAUUCAAUGACUGUGGCAUAAGCCAACAGAACAUUGAGUACUUGAGAUUUUUUCAUGCAAUUGAUGACACAGUAUAAAGUGUUAUUGACUAUUUUGUAAACAAACAGGAAAAAAAGAAAAAAAUGUCUGGAGCUAUUUCACAGAGGAUGGAUGGAAACUGUAUUUUUUUUUUCCAUGUUUUCUUUUGGAUGUUUUAUUUUUUUAAUUUUUUAAAUUGUGCACUAAGGAGGAGGGAGUGAAUGCACUGAGCUUUCUCAAGCCUACGCAUGUGUGUGUCUGUGUAUCUGUGUGUGUGUGUGUCUGUGUGUGCAUGUGUGUUUAUAUAUGUAAAUAUAUAUGUACACAUGUGUUCAGCACACAACAUCAGAGGAACCUCACAUUCAGGCCUGAUCUUUGAUUGAGAGAGAAGAGAGAAGACGGUCAGAGCUGUGGCAUGUGAACGGCCUUCACCUGUAUUCUGCCCUGCUUCAGUUGUGAGUUGCACAAUUUCCAAUUAAGCUGUAGAGAAAAAGGCAGACCCAUUUGAGAGCGUAUGAAAACCAGUGUGCAUUGAAGAAGUGGACAGACCUUCUAUCUCCUCCUCCUAGCCCCCUCCAUCUUAUGCUUUCCUUAAAAAUAUGAAAAAGGCAUUCCUUUUAAUGUUUGUUAGCUUAUCUGUCUGUGCUUGAUACCAUAAAACCUUCAUUCCUCUCCUUCUUUCCCCUCACUACCCCCCUCAUCCUCACUGUGAAUACCUAACAGCCUCUCCCAGAUGGACAGAGUGCAGACCUGUCAACAAGUGAAGAAAGAGAGAGGAUAUGCUCAUAUUAAGUAGAGACAUAGGGAAGAACAGAGACAGAUAGAAAGAUGUGGAGAGGGAGCUGGCAAGAUAUCUGCUGUUGCUAAGUAGCUUUUCUGCAUUUGUUAAUAAUUUUUUUCUUUAAACUUUGCUUUCUUUUCCCACCAGAGGGCUGUGUUGGCCCAUGUUAUUCUGCAGUGAUACAAACACUAGCUUUAGGUAGCAUGGUGGGGUGAAAAUAAAAAGCGCAGGGGAUAAGGAAAAGUGGAGGCAAGAGAAGGAGAAAUAACACUGGUCUCUCUCGUCCUCCAAAAAUUCCUCCUUAUACAAGUAAGGGACGUAUUUAAUGUAUAUCUUUCUCAUCUGGUAUCCUUCUCCUUCAUCUACUUGAUUCCCAAAGCCAAGCCCCACAUAUAAACUUCUAAAAAUGAACCAACUUCUCACUGACUUCAAUGGACAAAACACUACAUCAGGGCUCCUGCAAUAUAAAAGAGAAAAAAAUAAAAUAUAUUACAGUGUUUCUUGCCAAAAUAUAUACAAAUAUAUAUACAUAUAUAUAUAUUUCUAUCUAAAGAUAUAGCAAAUAUAUAAGUGGUGAAAACAGAGAUAUAAUGCCAUAUCUAAUUGAGUAAAGAAAAAUUAUAUUUUAAAAAAAGAUUUGAAGACAAUCGCUCAGUGGGAGGAGCAGCAGAAUGAGAGAAAAACAAGAGGGUAGAUUAAGAGAUGGAAUGGAGAGAUAAACGGGUAACAAAUGUCAAACCCAAAUGGUAAAGAACAUGAUGAAUAGAAAGAUAAACAGGAGAAAUGUUUCAAGAUACUGGGGGUUCAUUUUGGGGUCAGAGUGAUCAGAAGCUUUAGUGCUGCUCAGUAAGUCUGAUAUUCAGGAAUCAGAAUGAAGGCUCAGUGAAUACAUAGAAUCACCUAGAUGGUAUACACCAGUAUGCCUGUGUAGGUGCACAAACACAGCAACAUGUAGUUAAUUGUCACAGUGUUGCCACAAAGGCCAGUGAUAAAGUUGUGAGAAGCAUAAUUUCAUUUUUUGGAUAUAUUAGCAGAGCUAUAAAUACUGCAACUCAAAGAUGUUACAGAGACAAGGUUACAUCUUGUGUUUCCUCUGGAUUCAUUCACAGUGUGACUCAUUACUGCUACCCAGUCAUUAUAUGUGCCCAGUGUAUACUAGAUUAGAAACAAUCUAAAAUAGUGGGACUCACGCUCUUUUUAUUGCUGGUUUUGUUAACAUCUAUUCUCACCCUACACACCACAUGCCUUCAUGACACACCGUAAAUAUCUAUUAGCUAUACUAACUAUUAAUAAUAAUAAUAGAUAUUUGCGGUUCACACAGGGGAAAUCUGUUUAAAGCUAAGAAUACCAAGACAUUUUGCAUUUUAAGAUUAUUUCAAUAUGUAGCUGAACUAAAUUAACAGAAUCCAAACACAACACACAACCACUGCAAACUAAUGUAACAGAAGACAUUGACUUACUUGAUUAACUGAAAAGAAGAUUGAAGACUUACUUAUGGUGUAGCCAGUGCUGUGCGAGCAAAGCUGAACCCCAAGAUUGCCCAAGGGUGUACACGGUUUUGGUACCUCUAAAACCUCACCAAGUUAUCAUUCUGCUUAAAGUGUUCCUCUCAUUGUUGCUAAAGAACAGAAAACCACCAACUGGGUUUAUUAUGUCUUUCAAAAGUCAGAAGUAAGCCCAGUGCAUAGACUCAUGAGCAGGUUUCAUUAAGACUGUGCCAUUGUCUCUGCGGCCAUACAGUAUUCAUACUCGUUCUGAUAUGUCAUGAACACUGAAAUAUUCACCUCACUGGAAAGCCCCCCGUGUGUUAUGUUCAAUAGACAAUGGAUUGAUAUAAAUUUUUGCUUUUCAUUUUAAUAUUUAUGGUUGUAGAUGUAUCCCCUUGUGGUUUGUAAUGUUUUUCUUUAUAAUGAUUGUUUAUAUGAAAUGCAGUUGUUACGCAACGGGGCAGGUCUGUUUAGUCAGUCAAAAUCAGGGACCCCUUAGCUCCAACCAGUCACAGGAGAAGCUGUGUCAAUAUUGGGCGGAGUCAGGAAUCAAACUCCAUCACCAUCCACCCUGUUUGCCCACCCACAUUUAUCCAGUUUGCCCCACUUCCUUAACCAAUCAGAUUUCCUGCUUUACCUGGGCCCCUCCUGUCAGCAUAAUUUCUAAUCUGCAAAUAAUGACUUGUAUAUAACAAAGUGUUUUGUAUAAAUAAUUACUAUUUUCGACAUCUCCAGAAGAAACCAGGGCACAAUUAAAAUGUCUGAUUAAAGGUAUAACUUUAAAUGUGAGGGGAUUAAAAAUAAUAAAAAUAUAUAAAAUCUAACAAAAACACCUUACACAUGUAACUUUUGAACAAGGGACACAAGAUCCCAGAAGAUAACAUGUCUGGCAUUUAAUUUAUUAUUAUUAUUUUUUAUUAUUAUUGUAUUUAUUAUUUUCAUUUUUACUUUUUUGUUUGUUUUGGUUUACUUUGUUGAUCAUGGUAAUUUAUGUUGUUGGAUUUUUUUAAUUGUUUUUUUUGUUUGGUUUUUUUUGUUUGGUUUUUUUUUAGUUAUCUUGAAGAAAAAUGGCAUUGCAUGCUCUGAAUAUUUUGCUGAUUAUUAAAAGAUAAGGGAAAGGAAAUACAAAUAAUUAAAAGGGAAAAAAGUUUUAAAAAAUGCAGAGGGGAUUCAUAAACUUUUAUGGAAGAGUUGCUUCAAUUUGCAAUUGCUUGUGUUUAACUAUACGUUUUUUUUUUUCUAAGAAACAAAACAAAAACAGAAAAAGAGUACUCCGACACCUUGUGCAAUAAAGCUAUCUUUCUAUGA